UUCAUGAUUUAGUAAAGUAUAUCUUCGAGUGCUAAUAUUUGUUCUGCAUUUUUAGAUGGCUAUCCCAAAGAAGAAAUGAUUUAUAGAUGGAGAAAAAAUUCUGUUGAGGCAGCUGAUCAGAAAUCAUGGCGGCUUUACCAGUUUGACUUCAUGGGCCUCAGAAACACUACAGAAAUUGUGACAACAUCUGCAGGUGAUUAUGUUGUCAUGACUAUAUAUUUUGAGUUGAGUAGAAGAAUGGGAUACUUCACUAUUCAGACAUACAUUCCCUGUAUACUGACUGUGGUUUUAUCUUGGGUGUCAUUUUGGAUCAAAAAAGAUGCUACACCAGCAAGAACAGCAUUAGGCAUCACCACGGUGCUGACCAUGACCACCCUGAGUACAAUCGCCAGGACUUCAUUGCCACGUGUGUCCUACGUGACUGCCAUGGAUCUUUUUGUGACUGUGUGCUUCCUGUUUGUCUUUGCUGCGUUGAUGGAGUAUGCCACCCUCAACUACUACUCAAGUUGUAGAAAACCAGCUACCACUAAGAAGUCCACAUCGUUAUUGCAUCCAGAUUCCUCAAGAUGGAUCCACGAGCGAAUAAGCCUACAAGCCCCCUCCAACUAUUCUCUCCUGGAGAUGAGGCCACCACCACCUGCGAUGAUCACUUUAAACAAUUCCGUGUACUGGCAGGAAUUGGAAGACACCUGUGUCUAUGAGUGUCUGGACGGAAAAGACUGCCAGAGCUUCUUCUGCUGCUAUGAAGAGUGCAAAUCAGGGUCUUGGAGAAAAGGACGUAUUCACAUAGACAUCUUGGAGCUGGACUCAUACUCCCGGGUCUUUUUCCCUACGUCCUUCCUGCUCUUUAACCUGGUCUACUGGGUUGGAUACCUGUAUCUCUAGAUGUUGCUGCUAGACAUGAGUAAAGAGUGUUUGGUUCAUACUCUUGACCUUCCAUCAUCCCCAGACCAGUAGUGACCAAUUGGGAAUGGCAAGGAAGAACAUUGCUCAGCUGGUCUUAUGCUAUUUAUAACCUCUCAGCAGCACCGGAAGUAUCUGGAAAAGGGUUCUAUUAUGUAUUUCACAUGUGCACAUGUGUGCGCGCACACAUACACCCACACACACACGCAUUGAGUUUUAAAGUGAUAUUCUUGCUAAUCAAUCUAUAGCUUGGUGAAGUGUCUGGAUGGUUUAGGGACAUUGAUAUCAGAAACAGCUGUUGGUUAUCCUUGUAAAGAAAUCUGUAAAACAGGCAAGCAAACAUCUGA